GAGAGAAGAGAGAGAAGGAGAGAGGGGCGAAGGAGAAGGGAGAGAGGGAGAGCAUGCCAGACAGGAAGGAGCGCCCUAGAGUCUCCGAAGCACGAAACAGAUAACCAAUUAGGAAUUUUUCGGGCAACUGUCACCCACCCCGAGAGCAGCCAGAGACUCACCAUCCCCCCAACUCUGACGUUUCCUACAAGAAGUUAGAGACUUAAGCAGUAUUGACAUCGGAGGGAAAUGGUAUGUUUCAUGCUGUGGAAAAUACCCCUGAGCUGAAGAAGUGCAAGUGGAUGUUGUGUGUGCGUUAAAUACCAGAAGAGCUCAGACCCCGUGGGUAAUAGAGACGAAAUGUGGAGAGAAUGACUAACGACAAAUCUGUGAAUUUGUUCUCUGGAGUUGCUAAUUUGCCAGCCCGAAGCAACACAUUUUACAAGGAGGAAACGUUUUGCUGCUUCUGAUUUCUCCCCAGACUGGUGCUACCAGAUGCAUGGCUUUCUAUGUGUUGGAACAGCUCAUUUCUAACUGCAGCAUACCGGGAAAGGGGAAAGGUUGAGGCAACUAACUGGCUGUCUCCAAAUAAGUCAUGAGGUGUAAUGCAUCCUCCAGCCCAUACACGCUUCCUCUUGCAAUUUGUGCAUCAUUCCUCAGUGGAAACCUUUAAACCCUAAAAUCCAGGAAAAGAAAAUAAAUACAUUAUCAUGGACCUGAGGGAUUUUUACCUGUUGGCUGCUCUGAUUGCCUGUUUAAGGCUGGAUUCCGCAAUAGCUCAAGAACUUAUUUAUACUAUUAGAGAGGAAUUGCCUGAAAAUGUGCCCAUAGGAAACAUACCAAAGGAUCUGAACAUUUCUCACAUCAAUGCUGCCACAGGGACCAGUGCCAGCCUUGUCUACAGACUGGUUUCUAAAGCUGGGGAUGCCCCUUUGGUGAAAGUAUCCAGUAGCACUGGCGAAAUUUUCACGACCUCCAAUAGAAUAGACAGAGAAAAACUCUGUGCUGGAGCCUCUUACGAUGAGGAGAAUGAGUGUUUCUUUGAACUUGAGGUGGUGAUCCUCCCCAAUGAUUUUUUCAGGCUGAUCAAAAUUAAAAUAAUUGUCAAGGAUACCAAUGAUAAUGCCCCCAUGUUUCCAUCUCCUGUCAUCAAUAUUUCCAUCCCAGAAAACACUUUGAUCAACAGCCGCUUUCCAAUUCCAUCAGCAACAGAUCCUGACACAGGCUUCAAUGGUGUACAGCAUUAUGAAUUGUUAAAUGGGCAGAGUGUUUUUGGACUGGAUAUCGUGGAAACUCCAGAAGGAGAGAAGUGGCCACAAUUGAUUGUUCAGCAAAACUUGGACAGAGAACAGAAAGAUACCUAUGUGAUGAAAAUCAAAGUAGAGGAUGGAGGCACUCCACAGAAAUCCAGCACAGCCAUACUGCAGGUCACAGUAAGUGAUGUAAAUGACAACAGGCCAGUGUUUAAAGAGGGUCAAGUGGAGGUGCAUAUCCCAGAGAAUGCUCCCGUAGGCACCUCUGUAAUUCAGCUCCAUGCCACUGAUGCAGAUGUAGGCAGUAAUGCUGAAAUCCGGUACAUUUUUGGUGCCCAGGUCGCCCCUGCAACCAAAAGACUCUUUGCUUUAAAUAAUACUACUGGGUUGAUUACAGUUCAGAGGUCCCUAGAUCGAGAGGAGACAGCCAUUCACAAAGUGACAGUGCUGGCUAGUGAUGGCAGCUCCACUCCCGCGCGAGCAACGGUUACCAUCAAUGUCACUGAUGUAAAUGAUAACCCUCCAAACAUAGACCUCAGGUACAUUAUAAGUCCCAUCAAUGGCACAGUGUAUUUGUCUGAGAAAGAUCCUGUCAAUACAAAGAUUGCCCUAAUUACAGUUUCAGAUAAGGACACGGAUGUGAAUGGCAAAGUGAUCUGUUUUAUUGAAAGAGAGGUCCCAUUUCAUUUGAAGGCAGUAUACGACAACCAGUAUUUGUUAGAGACCUCCUCUUUGUUGGACUAUGAGGGCACCAAAGAAUUCAGCUUUAAAAUUGUUGCCUCUGAUUCUGGGAAGCCCAGUUUAAAUCAGACUGCUCUGGUAAGGGUUAAGCUUGAGGACGAAAAUGACAACCCACCAAUUUUCAACCAGCCUGUAAUUGAGCUGUCAGUUUCUGAAAACAACCGCCGUGGGUUGUACUUAACAACUAUUAGUGCCACAGAUGAAGACAGUGGGAAAAAUGCAGAUAUUGUUUAUCAGCUUGGACCGAAUGCCUCCUUCUUUGAUCUGGACCGAAAGACAGGAGUUUUGACAGCCUCCAGAGUCUUUGACAGAGAAGAACAAGAAAGAUUCAUUUUUACAGUAACUGCCAGGGACAGCGGGACCCCUCCCCUCCAAAGCCAAGCGGCUGUGAUAGUUACUGUUCUGGAUGAGAAUGACAAUAGCCCCAAGUUUACUCAUAAUCAUUUUCAAUUUUUUGUGUCUGAGAAUCUGCCGAAGUAUAGUACUGUGGGGGUAAUCACAGUGACAGAUGCAGAUGCUGGAGAGAAUAAAGCUGUGACUCUUUCCAUUCUAAAUGACAAUGAUAAUUUUGUGUUGGAUCCCUAUUCUGGAGUCAUAAAAUCAAAUGUCUCAUUUGACAGAGAGCAGCAGAGUUCCUACACUUUCGAUGUCAAAGCCACUGAUGGGGGACAACCACCCCGUUCCUCUACUGCAAAAGUAACUAUAAAUGUCAUGGAUGUCAAUGACAAUAGUCCAGUUGUCAUUUCGCCACCUUCUAAUACUUCGUUUAAGUUGGUGCCUCUCUCAGCCAUUCCUGGCUCUGUGAUAGCAGAAGUUUUUGCAGUGGAUAUUGACACUGGAAUGAAUGCUGAACUUAAGUACACAAUUGUGAGUGGGAACAACAAAGGCCUGUUUCGGAUUGAUCCAGUAACAGGUAACAUCACUCUGGAAGAAAAACCAGCACCCACUGAUGUGGGCUUGCACCGUUUGGUGGUCAACAUAAGUGACCUGGGAUACCCUAAGUCUCUGCACACGCUUGUGCUUGUUUUUCUUUAUGUUAAUGACACUGCUGGCAAUGCCUCCUAUAUCUAUGACUUGAUUCGCAGGACUAUGGAGACCCCAUUGGACAGGAACAUAGGCGAUAGCAGCCAACCCUAUCAAAACGAGGACUAUCUCACCAUCAUGAUCGCCAUUGUCGCAGGUGCCAUGGUGGUCAUCGUCGUGAUCUUUGUCACCGUUCUGGUGCGCUGUCGCCAUGCAUCAAGAUUCAAAGCAGCUCAGAGGAACAAGCAAGGUGCCGAAUGGAUGUCCCCAAACCAGGAGAACAAACAAAACAAGAAAAAGAAAAGGAAGAAAAGGAAGUCUCCCAAGAGCUCUCUUUUGAACUUUGUUACCAUCGAAGAGUCCAAACCCGAUGAUGCAGUGCACGAACCCAUCAAUGGGACAAUAAGCCUGCCGGCUGAGCUGGAAGAGCAAAGCAUUGGUAGAUUUGACUGGGGUCCGGCACCUCCAACCACCUUCAAGCCGAACAGCCCUGACCUGGCCAAGCACUACAAAUCCGCUUCUCCACAGCCCGCUUUCCAUCUUAAACCAGACACUCCGGUUUCCCUGAAAAAGCAUCACGUGAUUCAGGAGCUCCCGUUGGACAACACCUUUGUCGGGGGUUGUGACACCCUUUCCAAACGCUCUUCCACUAGUUCAGAUCACUUCAGUGCCUCAGAGUGCAGUUCCCAAGGAGGCUUCAAGACAAAGGGCCCCUUACACACCAGACAGUGUAACUCACACAGCAAAAGUGACAAUAUUCCUGUCACUCCUCAGAAAUGUCCCAGCUCUGCGGGUUUCUACAUUCAGGAGAAUGAAGAAAGCCAUUACGAGUCGCAGCGCCGGGUUACCUUUCAUCUCCCUGACGGCUCCCAGGAAAGCUGCAGUGACAGUGGUCUAGGAGACCACGAGCCGGUGGGUAGUGGAACCCUGAUCUCACACCCUCUUCCUCUGGUUCAGCCACAGGACGAAUUCUAUGACCAGGCCUCUCCGGACAAGAGGACUGAAGCAGAUGGCAACUCUGAUCCCAACUCUGAUGGGCCUCUGGGCCCCCGAGGAUUAGCUGAAGCUACAGAGAUGUGCACUCAAGAGUGCUUGGUUUUGGGUCACUCUGAUAACUGCUGGAUGCCUCCUGGCUUGGGUCCAUAUCAACACCCUAAAUCACCUCUCUCAACCUUUGCACCCCAGAAAGAAUGGGUCAAGAAGGACAAGCUUGUGAAUGGGCACACCCUGACCAGAGCCUGGAAAGAAGAUAGCAACAGGAACCAGUUCAAUGACCAUAAGCAGUAUGGUUCCACCGAAGGCCAUUUCAACAAUGGCAGCCACAUGACAGACAUUCCUCUGGCAAAUCUGAAGUCUUAUAAGCAAGCAGGAGGUGCUAUUGAGAGUCCUAAGGAGCACCAACUCUAA